CUUCUCUCUCUCCCAUCCGUUUCAUCUUCGCCUCACGCCAACAUGGCGGCAUCAUCGUCGUCAUCGUCGUCGACGUCGUCGUCGCCGUCGAGCACGCCUGCUCACGCGAUCAUUGAUUCGACGUACACAUCCCUUUACUCACUCCUUUCUGCCCCGGCCUCCUCUUCUAAGCACCUUUCUCUCCUCCCACCCAACGCUCUCUACUCUUCCAUUACUCACUACCUUGCACGAUUGCGCCAGGCUACUCUGCCCGACUUUGUCAAAGUAGUGGCCAUCAGCAGGAGCCUGUGGAAUGCGCCGUCCAUUAUUCAGGAGGGUGGCGUAGAGCGCAUACACGAGGAUCUAGCACAGCUUCCGACGAGCAAUGAGCCCAGUGCGGGGGGAGGUGUCGAGCCAUCACUAGCCUCUCGCUCGUACCAUCUUCAGCUCUCCGCAGCACGCGCCUGCUUUGCGCACAUUGAGCUGCUCCUGACCACGAGCAAAGGAAGCGUAGGAUGGGGCACGCAGAGGAAGUUGCGACACUGGGUCAACCAAAUUAACUCCAGCCUCGUCGAGGCGAGCAGCGCUGGCGGCAUCGAGACUUCUGCGACCACUGCUGCGACGUCGCUCACUCCAAUGAUGCACGGUGUGGAUGUACCGCGCCUCUCUAUCCUCACCGGGCUCGUCGUCGGCCUGUCGGCUUAUCGCCAGCAGAACAAGGACAAGGACGCCCGCCUGAGUGUCAGGCUUGCACUGCGCGCUGCCGAGUCGUACUGGUUGGAGGCAUUCGCGCAUGCUAUGCAAGCGUUGAUGGACAUCAAUUCCCCGCCUGUAGAGCAAGCAGCUGAAACAACCUCGCCAGAGAGCGAAUGGGAGCUCGAGUUCAAGAAGAGCAGUAACGUUGCAGGGAAUGAUCUAGCCGCAUCAGCACGCCGAUCUUCUCUCACACGGGAAGCGGCGCUGGUCCCUCUCCUUCUCGCAGGGCAGGUCAGUCCACUCCUCUCUGAGUCUUCCCUUUCCUCCCUACCCCUUCCCCUCGUCGAGGGCAUCCUGCACCUCAUACCCCUCUCCAUCCUUCCCCUCUUUUCGCAUCGCGCCAACCUUCGCCUCUCGUCAACGCCUGGCGAGUUAAGGAACCCAACAACGCACGCCCUCUUUUCUUGCCUCGGGCCACUGUCAAGAUUGAUGGCAUCCGCAGCAGAAGUAGCGGUGCUCAAGAUGCGUGGCGACGAUGUGCAGCGGCUGCUCCUCUCCACCGAGGAGGCUUCGGUCGGUGCAUUGCGCCAGCUGGUGGAAGUGGCUGAACAGCUAUACCGGGACUUUGCUUCCGGAGGGUAUCUAGCCACUUGCCCUUCCUCGGAUGCUGCGGCCCUGGCUGACACCUGGAAGUCACUCAAGGCCUUCCUCUUCAUUACCGUCCAGCUCUUCGAUUCUGUACUCGAUGCGCUUGUCACGACUCUCCCUUCGCCAGUGACCACGCUUGUCGACCCGGCUAUCUGGGUCGCGCAAUGGGCUCAUGAUCGCAAGGCCGGAGACAAUGUUGGUGCAGCCGCUCCGGCAAAGGCGACGACGAACAUCCCGCGUCACGUACUGGAGAUCCUCAAGCUGCAGGUCAUGGGCCUGAUGAGGUUGAGCUUCGUCACGUUCUCCACGACAAGUGGUGCAGGCGACGGACAGGCAUCAGAGCGCCCUUUGACAUCCAACGACAUCUACAAUCGCUUCACGACUUAUCGUCAUGCCUUCUAUGGCUCGCUGGAAGUCAUCCGCUCAGAUUGGGCAGCCUCGACCACCUUGUACGAAGAGCUGCUGCAGGCGAGCACCGGGACCGAAGACAGAACAUCUGGGAAGGCGCCGCCGAGCUGGGUGGUCCGCUCACGUCUUGUCGUACUGCUCGACUCAGCAGAACAGCUCCUUCCCUCUUUGCCAUCGUCGCUCAUCUCGGAAUCGCUGCUGCCACUCUGUCGGCCACACCUGCUGCUGGAAGCAAGUGGCAACGCCGACGCGGAUCUGGCCACCUUCGAGAGCUCGCAUGCCUGCCUUCUCGCUCUCUUCGAGGCCAAGCGUCCCGAGAGGUUGGUCAAAGAUGUGAUGCCUUACUAUGUCGAGGCAUUGCUGCAAGGCCAUGCGAAGGGACAGAUUAGUGGAUCUGCCAGCGGCGAGGAUGGCGAGGAAAGUGAGGAAGAGUCAGCCGGGCCAGGUCAACUCAGCCACGCGCUGAGCACGGUCGUGGCCUGCAUGAGCGACGUGGAUGAUGCGCGAUGUUACUGGGUUGUGGGGCGAUUGGAGGAGGAGGUGCGCGCCAGAGAUGGGGAGAAGCGAUUGGACGUGCAGCUGGCGCUAGUCGAUCUUCUGCCGACAGUGAACCUGGUGCUGUUGAGGUCUGUGCUAGGGACCGUGAGGUCGUAUAUACUCGACGAGAAGGAGAAAGCUGGCACCACAGCGAAUGUGUCCGCUACGACGGAGGGCGAGGCAUCCACUGCAAGUGAGGUGGACGAGAAGGGCAAGACCAAGGCCAACGAGGAGGACAGCGCAUCUCUGCCUGCCACAUCACUCGCGCACCGUCUCCUCUGCUCUCGCACCUUUGCCGCCCUCAACUCGAUGGACGAUACGGCGAGGCAGGAAGGGGUGCGCUGGUGGCUGGAUCAUCGUCGCGAAUUUGGCGUCUAGACGUUCACGAGCUUUGUUGUACAUGCGGAAUACCAUUGCUUUGCUCGCACCUACGCCUUCGGAG